AGAGGUUAAGGGAGUGGCUUUUUUCAGCACCUGGCAACCUUCUGAACAGGUUAUUAGGUGUUCUAUAGCAUAUAAGGUGUCUCUUUUGGUAGGUAUAGGGAAUGCUACACGGGACAGGAUAGUCGGGUGCUGAGGGAAGAAUUAAGCGUCCGUUAUGUAAACACGGAGGCUGGAAGUGACCGGUGCGGCGGACGUCUGCGAGGGAAACUUGUAAGUAUGUUAGGAGUAUGAGGGAGAGGGACAGAAAAUUAAUAUUUUUUUGAUAAGGUGGAGCUUAGCCCUUUGUAGCUUUCUUGUUUAAGAAAAGACAUUAAGGUUAAUUUUCUUGUGGUUUAAUAAAAUCUUGGUAGCAUAGGGUAAUGUUCUCAUACACACUUGGAGGGAAGGGAACUUAACUGUAAGGUGGUACCUUUUUAAUAUGCAUCUUCUGCUUAGGAAGCCACAUAUGCUUUACUUAAAAUAUGCAAUUAGGGUCUGUUUGCACAACUGGCAUCUCUUGUAAUAUCUAACUAAUGUCUGAAUAUAGAUUAAAGGUAAAGUUUCAGUACAAUUUUCUCUGGAGUGUAGACUACAGCAUGCUGCUGCUAUCCAGUGUUCUAGCCUAAGGAAAUCCUAAAUCUAAUCCGACACCAUGCAAAAAGAAAAAAAAUCUAGUUUGAAAUGAAACCUUAUCCUCUCUUUGACACUGUUGAGAAUACAGGGUGAGGAAAAGGGCUGAAUAAUUCAUAGUGAACAAAAGGCACUUUUUUUUUUUUUCUUUCAGCAGGUGGAUUUAAAUGUUUCACAAACGCUUCAGGUUAAAAUGACUUCAUAAACUUGGGAAUGUUUGUAUCAAGGCUCCUGUAUUAAUCCUCCACCAUGUACACACAAGGAGAACUUCCUGGGCCUCCAAGCACCAUCCCCAUGAACCCAGUUUACGGUGUCGAUCCUCACGCCAACCCUUUCUCAAACGGACAGCUUCCCCUGCCACCAGGUACACUACCAUUACAGAUGACUGCUUCCCAGUUUGCUGUAAUGACCCUUUUCAAGUUCAGUAUUUUCCUCCCUGCAGGUUUUGUGCCUCCUUAUGUACCUGUCAUGAUGUCCUUUCCACCAGGGUAUGCACCACCUCAGAUACCCCCGAUCAUACCCAUCCCUCAAAGACCACCAGGAUGUCCACCUGGACUGGAGUAUUUAACCCAGGUUGACCAGCUCCUUGUCCAUCAGAAGGUGGAACUAAUGGAAGGUAGAAAAGAAAUCUAUUUCAUUUCGUCAUUAAACUCAACAUCAUAUGCAGAAGUGAAACUUUUCUUUCUUUCUUUCCUUUUUUUUCUUACUUUUUCUCUCCAAGCUCUUUUGGGUUGGGAAACCAACAACCAGUACGUUGUGAAAAACAGUCUUGGUCAGCAGGUGUGGCUCGCCACCGAAGAGAGCGACUUUUGCACUCGGAUGGUUUGCGGCCCCCUUCGCUCUUUUGUCAUGCAUCUCCACGACGGCGUGGGACAGGAAGUGCUCACUCUCACACGGCCUUUAAAGUGCGGCAGCUGCUGGUUUCCAUGCUGCCUCCAGGAGCUGGAGGUCCAGGCCCCUCCUGGCACUGCCAUCGGAUAUGUGAUGCAGGACUGGCACCCGUACCUCCCCAAGUUUACCAUCAGGGACGAGAGGAAGAGAGCGGUGCUGCGGAUUGUCGGACCUUUCUGUGACUGUAACUGCUGCUCGGACGUCAUCUUCAAGGUCAUUUCCCUGGACGAGGCUUCAGUAAUCGGUAGGAUAAGUAAACAGUGGGCAGGCUUGGACACUGAAAUGUUUACGGACGCUGAUCAUUUCGGUGUGCAGUUUCCUAUGAACCUGGAGGUUAAAAUGAAGGCUGUCGUGUUGGCUGCUUGCUUCCUCAUUGAUUUCAUGUUUUUUGAGCAUUCACCGAACCACGAAUGACAUCACUGAUAUGAAUAAAAAGUAUAAUUGUAUUAUCUAGUCUAGACCCUAGAUUCAUGAGAACCAAAACAAAACCAGGAUGAAACAUUCAAAGGAACUGAAACUCAGAAAGAAGAACCUAUGUCUUUUCAGGUAAACAUCUGGGUAAUGUGAGUGCAGAAAAGUGUCAAGAAAUAGAAAGCACACUAGCAGCUCAGUUACAACAUCCUCACACUCAUCAGUGACUGCUAAUGUCCUGCCAAUUCCUGGAACACCCAUUAAUGACUAGAAUUCUUCAGUGUGCUGUUGCUUUGCUUACUUUCUGCACCAAAUCUAACCAUGAAGCCUCACCGAGGAGAUAUUUGAUUUGUGUGUGUGUGUAUGUGUGUGUGUUGCUUGUACCAUUGGUUUAAUGGAUGUCUUGUAUGAUUUCAUAACCACUAAUCACAUUACAUGUCCAUUUGGCUUUAAAUGAUGUUAUCUUGUUCCUGCUUGUUCUUCCGUAAUCUGUGCAGCGAGCCUCACUGUGACGUGUCUUAUUAGAGAAAUGAAUUUGGUGGCAGGUUUUGAGCUGUCGGCUUACAGAUUAACUUGAUACGUAGUUUCUCAUAUCUAGGAGAGCCUAUAGGGCAUUGCGUCUGGUUUUCUCCAGUGGAAAUACUACGUUUCAUUAUCCUGCAACACAUUCUACAGUGGAAAAGCAUCCUGGAGGGCAGCCUAUAGGGCACUCUGUUACAGUUUUUUCACUGCAAGGGCACCUUGUCAUGUUGGGUACUGCACUAAAAUUUCUCCACGUCAAGGGCGCCCUAGAGGGCACUUUAUUAUACUUCCCCACCUCACAACCUAUAGGGCAUUGCGUCACAGUUUCUCCACGAAAAGGGUGCCCUACACGGCACUUUUUCACUUUUCUUAUUUUUUCUUAUUUUUUCCCCUCACAGACUAUAGGGCAUUGUAUCACAGUUUCUCCACAGCAAGGGCACCAUAGAGAGGGGACUUUAUCAUGUUUCCUUACAUGUAGUGGAGCCUAUAGGGCACUGUGUCUAGAUAUCCCCUAUUGAAAGGGAAAGGGUUUUGUUCCCAUCCUAUAGGGCACUGUCUAGUUUAUUCUUUAGUGGAUGGGUACCUGGAGAACACUUCAUGUUUUUUUUUUGCACAUAAGGGAUUUCUUUGGGGCACAACAUGUAUUAUCCGCUAGAAGGGCACACAGCGGAAACCCUAUAGGGUACUGCAUAAAGUCCAUAUUCAUCGUGCAUUCUAUGCAAGGGCAUAGUCGAGUGAAUGAAAUCUAAUCUAAUUUAAUCUAAUCUAAUCAAAUCUAAUGUGUAGUCAAACACACACACACAUGCAUACGCACUUCUACCAUUUCUCCUAGGAGUACAUCUCUCAGGAUUUCCCUCACUGUUGCCUGGGCUGUGUGUCCAUUGUCUGGUGUGAUGUGAUCUUUAAGAGCUUAAACAAACACACACACACACACAUGCACACACACUCAGCCAGCAUGCCUUCCUGAAAAAGUACUGACGAAAGACAGACGUAGAGUGUGUUUGAAAUGUAAAGUCUAUAGCUGUUAUCUCCGCCCCCUUCCUUAUGGGAGUUGCCCUUCGGUGCCUGGUGCAAAGCGAGCAUUGAGAUAAAUGUCUCUCUGGCAGCCUUUCCAGAUCGCUAUAACAGCAGAAGAGAGAGAGGCAACGUCAUGAACGUAUGGUGGAACUCUACCAGUCGUGCUGUUACUCAUCCUCACUCUGCUUUGCUCUCCGAAACGAAUCUACUACUACUGAGUAAAAG